ACGCUGGACCAAUCCACGGGCCAGGUGCUCCUUGCUGGUACCCUUGAUCGCGAGACCCAGACUUUGUACUCGCUACAGAUACGAGCCUCAGAUGGCACAAAUAAUGCCAAUACAACGGUGACCUUGACAGUUCAGGAUGUCAAUGACAACAUGCCAGUGUUCAAUCCCAAAACAUACAGUAAAUCAAUCACAGAAGGUGGGCUGGCCAAUGAAGCUGUUGUUACCGUGGUAGCUACAGAUGUGGAUGACCCAGGAACUAAUAAUUAUGGAACUGUUGCCUACUCUUUCUUUGAAACCUACACACAGUUCACCAUCAACUCUGCAACAGGUGAAAUAAAGACUAAUGGGCCCCUGGAUUAUGAAACAGCCACGUCUCACUCGCUGAAGGUUGUUGCUGUGGAUAGCAAUGGACUCACAGGAUCCAAGUCAAGUACAGCCGUUGUAACGGUCAUUGUAACGCCUGUCAAUGAGCUUGACCCAGUUUUCAUUAAUCCUUCUUACACCUUUAGUGUGAAUGAAAACACUGCCAUUGGUACCAGUGUUGGCACUGUUGAAGCUCGUGAUGCUGAUAAUGGUGUUGAUGGACAGAUAAAGUACAGCAUGACCGCUCACAUCUAUUUCAGUAUUGACCUUACCACUGGUGUGAUAUCAGUCAAGGCUGCCCUUGAUCAUGAAAUUGUUACGCAACAUUCUUUGACCGUCAUUGCCUCUGAUUCCAACACUACCCCAAGAUCUGUGAGUGUUGCUGUCACCGUUCAUGUCAAUGAUGUGAACGACAAUAAGCCAGCUUGCAGUCCUAUCUUCCAGGCAGUGUUUGUCAAUGAAGAUUCUGCAAUUGAUUACACAGUUGCCACACUUACGUGCACUGAUGCCGACAAGACGUCGCCGAAUAAGGACCUUGAGUAUACGAUAAUUACUGUCAAUGGAGUCGGGUCUACAGUGUUCUCAAACAUUAACAAUGUCCUUAAACUGAACUCUGCACUAGAUUAUGAGUUAACCACUUCAUAUGUUAUUAAUAUCAAAGUGGCAGACAAAGGCGCUACCUCAUUGUCGACUACAGCUACAGUUAAAGUAGAUGUCAGGGAUAUAAACGAGCAAACUCCAGUAUUUACCGGCGCCCCUUCUAUAUCUUUUACUAUUUCCGAAACGAUCCCAUCAGGAUCAUCUGUCUAUCAGCUGACUGCUUCUGAUGCUGACACUCAACAAACAAUUAAAUAUUCUUUCAAUCCCACAAGCACCCAAUUUUCCAUUGAUCCAGAUAAUGGAAAGAUCUACCUCAUUACAAUUCUUGAUUUUGACACGCUGGUUCCACCAACUAUACAAGUAAAAGCAUUUGCAACUGACAGUGGCACUAACCCUGUUGCUAAGAGCAGCUCAGUUGAUAUCACAAUCACAAUAGCUAAUGCAAACGAUGUAUCGCCCAUUUUCUUCCCGGCUGUGUAUUCAGCCUCUGUUUCAGAACAUCUUGGCAUAGGAACUUCUAUAACCAAAGUCACAGCAACAGACAAUGACACAGCAGUUCUAACAUACACACUGAAUAAUAGUUCUGUAUUUGCCAUAGGGGCUGAUGGCUUGAUAACCGUUCAGAACCCAAUUCUAGACUAUGAGACGACAAAGAGCUAUGCAUUGAUAGCCUACGCUGUCGAUGCUGCCACACACACAGCAUCUACAACUGUACAUAUCAAGGUCACGGGCUACAAUGAGAAUGCUCCAGUGUUUGCAACGUCUUCACAGACUGUCCAAGUUAAUGAAAACGCUUCAAUCAAUACUCUAGUUGUCACAGCGGCUGCAACAGAUUCAGAUCAUGGUCCCGAUGGGGCAAUCACGUACUCAAUAUCGGCAUUCCCCACAGGCUUUCAUAACGUCAUGUCAAUAAAUCCAAGCACGGGUGAGAUGCUGGUGGUGGGAGAUCUGGACAGGGAGGGUAUGACAACUAACCCCGUGUCCUUCACCAUACUCGCGAAAGAUGCAGGGACUAAUCCAGAUUCAAAGAGUGCCACAUUUUCCUUGACCUUGAACGUCCUUGACGUGAACGACAAUGCCCCCACAUGUCCUUCCAGCUUGUACAGCAGCAGCAUUCCGGAGAACUCGGCCCCUGGGGUUGCCGUGGUUACACUGGCCUGCUCAGACGCUGAUGCUACUGCCACAAAUAAUAUCCUCACCUACAGCUUUGUCCUUGGAAAUGACGGUGCUGGACAGUUUGCCAUUGGCUCAACGACCGGUGCUGUUACCGUGGCAGCAGGUGCCGUGUUGGACAGGGAGACAACUCCUACAUACAAAGUGCUAAUCGCUGUGAGAGAUGGUGGGGGUCUAACAACAACUGCUACACUGACUGUGCUGCUUUCGGAUGUAAAUGACAAAACUCCAACUUUCAACCCUGCAACAUUUGCAUUUGAUAUCAGCGAAAAUGUGGCCAUAAAUACAUUGGUUGGGACAGUCACAGCUACCGAUGAUGAUACUGGAUUAGCAGGUUCUUUUGAAUAUACAAUAUUUAGCGGGAACACUGACUCCAAGUUUUCUAUUGACGCCAACACUGGUCAAAUCCGUAUAGUGAAAGCCUUGGACUUUGAAACAAAAUCAACCUACCAGCUGACCUUGCAUGCCAUAGACAGGGACCCAACCACUAAACUCACUGGUAACACAACAGUUGACAUAAAUGUGAAGGAUGAAAAUGAUGUACGUCCCACAUGUGCACCAACUUUACAGACCAUUUCUAUGCCGGAAAAUUCUCCAAUUAGUACAAACAUAGGCUUUGUCAACUGCACUGACAGUGACAGUGGGAAUGGAGGGGUGCUGAGCUAUGCUAUUGUUUCUGUGAAUGGUGUAGCUACCACAAUGCCUUUCAUUAUUGAUGCCACUGGGAAAUUGGAUCUUAAUACAGCUUCACUUGAUUACGAGACAGAAAAAUUGAAAAAGGUUGUGAUUGUUGUGACUGAUCGUGGCACCCCAGCAUUGUCAGGAACUGCCACCAUUAAUGUUGUGAUCACAGACUUCAAUGAAUAUACUCCAGUAUUUACAAACACACCUUACAACGUGGCCGUGCUGGAAAGUACAAGCAUUGGAGCGUCAUUAGCUGUAAUCAAAGCCACAGAUGUUGACACUGAUGAUACUGUCAUAUAUUCUUUGAAUCCUGCCAGUAGCGUGUUUGGACUCGAUGCAGUUACAGGAAUAUUAUACCUUUCUGGAUUGCUUGACAGAGAAACAGUGUCUGUGUAUUCACUGACUGUAAACGCGGUUGACAAUGGCGGAAAAAGCUCCAGUGCUGGAAUCACGAUUACUGUUAACAACGUUAAUGAUGGCGUACCUGUCUUCAGCCCAGCUGUGUACAUAGCAACAAUAAAUGAAAAUGAUGCUUUUGGAACUCUGGUUACAACUGUUACAGCUUAUGACAGUGACACAGACAACACCACUCUUGCUUAUAGCAUCAAUUCAGGCAAUGGCGACAGUGUGUUUAGAAUUGAAAACUCUGGGAAAAUUGUUGUCAACAAUGUCGUAAAUCUUAACUACGACUCAAAUGUCAAAAGUUACUCACUAGUUGUACAUUGUUCUGAUACCUCAAACAUUGCCACGGCAACUGUAGUCAUCUCAGUAUCAAACUAUAAUGACCAUGCGCCAUCUUUUGGUAGUGAUACAAGCUCCACAAAACACAUACCAGAAAACUCUCUGUCCGGUACAUCAAUCGUCACAGUGGCAGCAACUGACGCUGAUCAUGGGAAUGAUGGGAAAAUCACAUAUUUUAUCACGGCGGGAAAUGCAGCGAACCUGUUUGCUGUUCAUCCCACCAGUGGGGAGGUCACUCUAGUGGGACAGUCUCUGAACGCUGAAGGGACCACAAGUUAUACCAUCACAAUCACAGCCAGGGAUGGGGGUACCAAUCCAAACUCCCUGUCUGCUGACUACAUUUUGACUGUGAAUAUUGAUGAUGUGAAUGAUAUGACACCCGUGUGCAGUCCCUCACUGUUCAGCGCCACCAUAAGUGAAUUGGCUCAAACUGAUGUCAGUGUUGUACAGCUCACAUGUACUGACGGGGAUAAAACAUCGCCCAACAAGGACAUCACAACAUAUAUAAUUUCCUCUGGAAAUACAGGAGGAGCUUUUAAAAUCUCCAAUACUGGCCUGAUCACCACUCAGAUUAUAUUGGACAGAGAAAUGACACCGAGUUAUACCAUGGUUGUUCGAGUAAUGGAUGGCGGGACAACAGCCUUAAUAGGGAGCACAACGGUUGUUGUUGUUGUAUCAGACGAAAACGACGAACCACCAAUGUUUACAGCGGCAUCGUAUGAGGCAACAGUGGCAGAAAAUAAAGGCAUUGGCAGCUCAUUGAUAAAGGUCACAGCUACAGAUCCCGAUCAGGGCAACGCUGGAAAAGUAGUAUACAGCAUCUUUGCCGGCAAUACAAACAACCGAUUUGAAAUUGACUCUUCGUCGGGGGAUCUAAUUCUUGUUAAUGCUAUUGACUAUGACACAAUGGGCACAAAUAAAGUCUACACACUGACAGUUAGGGCUACUGACAGUGGAACAACGAGCUUGACAGAUGAUGUAACUGUGUCCCUCACCGUCACUGACUUCAACGACAACAAACCUUCAUGUUCCCCAGUCUUGAAAUCUCUGGAAAUACCCGAAAGCACCUCUGGCUCAACUGCUGUGUUUACAUUCCCUUGUACUGAUGCAGAUUCCGGUAUCAAUAAACUGUUAACCUUCUCGAUAGAAUCCAUAAACGGCAAUGCUGCUAGCACCAUAUUCAUAGUAGAUGCUAAUGCAGGGACCGUUUCAACAGCAGCUACCACCGUCUUGAACUUUGAAGAUGUAAGCUCCUAUAAUAUUUUGAUCAAUGUGAAAGAUGGAGGAACGCCCUCUCUGUCUUCAACCCUCACACUAAUUGUUGACCUUAUAGAUGUGAACGAGUUUAAUCCAGUCUUCCAAGGUAAUCCUUAUAGACAUAACGUUCCAGAAACAACCGCUGUUGGAGCCUCAGUAUACAGAAUACAAGCAAGUGAUGCUGAUUCUUCUCAGACUGUCACAUACAAGAUCAAUCCCUCUAACACAUAUUUUGAGAUGGAUGCAGUCACGGGCAACAUAUAUACUAUUCAAGCAAUAGAUUACGAUUCCUUGGCAUCAAAACUAAUCAAUUUUACCGUAGUGGCCACUGACAAUGGAGCUACACCAAAUUCAACCUCAGAAACUGUAAGUUUUACAGUUACUAACUUUAAUGAUGGGGUUCCAGUUUUUAAUCCCGGGGUUUAUUCGGCCGUUUUACCAGAAAACACUGCAGCCACCCACACUGUGCUGCAACUAAAUGUUGCUGACAUUGACGACACCGUCUUCACCUACAGUAUCCUAAGUGGGAACAUGGAUAAUUGUUUCACUGUGGACACAACUGGAAAAUUACUUCUUGCUGAUACAUCGAACUUUGACUAUGACACGAAGGCCAACGGCUAUUUACUUGUGGUACAAGCUUCUGAUCCCGGCAAUAACAAAGGCACAGCAUCCGUAGCUAUUGAAGUAUCCAGCUAUAAUGAUUUCACGCCGGUCCUUAACACAGCAACUCAAACUGUUAGCGUUUCAGAAGACGGUGCAAUUGGCCAUGUAAUCGACACAGUGCAAGCUACGGAUGGGGAUAAAGGUAGCGAUGGUGCCAUAACGUACAGUAUUUUCAGUGUGACUAAUAAUGGAAGUGGGAAGUUCGUCUUGAACCCAACAACGGGCGUCGUGACAUUGAGUGCAAGUCUUGAUCGGGAAACACAAAGUCUCUAUGAAAUAACAGUUCUAGCCGCUGAUGCAGGAAAGACACCAGCUGCAAAAACUGCUACCUACAGCCUCGCAGUCUCAGUGACAGAUGUGAACGACCUCUACCCAAGUUGCACCCAGAUGGUGUAUGUAUCCACUAUCCCUGAAGAUUCCUCGAUGUCGACCUUGGUAGCUCAGUUGACCUGCUCCGAUGGGGACGCCACUGGAAACAACAUUUCUGGAUACUCCAUUAGUAGUGGAAAUACAGGCAACCACUUUAUAGUUCUGGGUACUGGACAGGUGAAUGUGUUGAUGGGCACACUAGAUCGUGAGGCUCAGGCCACGCACACACUGAAGAUUGAAGUGAGAGAUUCAGGCACACCUUCAAAGACUUCCACUGUCACCCUCUCUGUCUUCCUCAGUGAUACUAACGACAACAGCCCCACAUUUGACAAUAACUACGUGAUGACUGUGUCAGAGAAUGCUGUCAUUGGGACAGUGAUUGGAACAGUGCUGGCUACUGACGCAGACGUGGGCGUUAAUGCUGAUCUCACAUACAGCAUAACGCAGGGUAACGUUGGAUCGAAGUUCCAAGUAGACCCAACUUCUGGUGCUGUUAAGAUGAUAGCCCCUCUAGACCGUGAAGAACUGAGCCAAUAUGAUCUAACUGUCACAGCCACGGACAACGGUGUAACAAAACGCUCCGGAACUUCCACUGUGCGUAUAACUGUUGAAGAUGUGAAUGACAACAGUCCAGAGUGCCUGAUGCUGCAGACGUUGAUUUUAUCUGAAAACAAAGUGCCAUCUGGAAUUAGUAUUUUGGACAUUGGGGCAAAUUGUUCUGAUGGAGACAAUGGUGUCAAUGCUCAGCUGUCUUAUUCAAUAUUUUCAGUAAAUGGUGUAUCAAAUAAUGAUCCAUUUUCUAUAUCCGCAAGCACGGGACAGCUCUCCCUACAGGCAGUGCUUGAUUUUGAAACCAUCCAAAGUUACGCAGUGCUAGUUUACGUCAAGGAUGGUGGAUCACCUCAGCUGACCUCUACAGUCACUGUCGAGGUUCAGAUAACAGAUGUUAAUGAGCAUUCUCCUCAAUUCAGGAGCACCCCAUAUUCAGCCAAUGUUAGAGAAGACGAACUCGUUGGAACCAGUGUCUUUCGAGUAUCAGCAACGGAUGGAGACGCUGACAGUAUCAAAUUCUCAAUAGAUCCACCGAUGGAUGAGUUUGAGAUUGAUCCUAAUACUGGAAUCCUAUAUCUUACGCAGAUAGUGGACUAUGACACUGUUACAGGACCUCUCAUCAUCGUUAUUGUAGCCACUGAUGAUGGGACUGUUUCAGGCAAACGCAGCUCUACUGCAACUGUAACUAUCACUGUAACUGAUUUCAAUGAUGGUACCCCAGAGUUUCAUCCAGGCGUAUACGCCGUACAAUUGUCAGAGAGUGCAACCGUUGGUAGCACUGUUGUUAUUUUGACCAUCACUGAUGUUGAUAGUACAGCAUUCACUUACAAUAUUGAAGCAGGCAAUGGGGAGAAUAUAUUUGAAGUAACUGGAACGGGUAAAACUGCUGUGAUCUCGGUUGUUGAUAGGACUAACUUGGACUAUGAGGGCACUAAGGAAUUCUCACUGGUGGUUAGUGUUGGAGAUGGUACGAACAGUGCCUCAGCGACUGUAGCUAUUUCUUUGCUUCCAUAUAACGAUCUCAGACCAAGUUUCACGGGUGGUUUGAAUACUGGUACAAGAUCGAUUGCUGAGAACUCUGCAGUGGGCCUGUCUGUGUAUGAUGUUGAUGCCACAGAUGGGGACCAAGGGACCGAUGGUGUUAUAACGUAUAUGAUAGUGUCAGGGGGAGGUAACAAGUUCUCCAUUGAUCCUAGCUCAGGGCUGGUGUCAGUGGCUGCAAAUCUAGAUGUGGAGUCUACUCCCACUUAUACGAUCGUUGUUGAGGCAAAAGAUGGUGGGAAAACACCUGGUCCCUUGUCGGCUCAGUUCAAUGUCACGGUCACAAUCACAGACGUCAAUGACAACGCUCCGAUAUGUUCCAACUCCCUCUUCACAGCCAGCAUACCUGAAGACUUUGGCACAGGUGGUGUGGUGACAAACCUGAACUGUUUUGACACUGACGCCAGCACGCCAAACAAUGUCAUAGCCAGUUAUACUGUGGACGGAUUAGGAGGGGAGUUUCUUAUAUCAGCCACUGGGGUGGUUACAACCACUAUCAGUUUCAAUCGUGAGGCUGUUGCCAGCUACACACUGGUCAUCGUAGUCAGGGACAACGGAACAAAUCCGUCUGUGUUGUCCACGACAACAACACUUGUUGUCACAAUUACAGAUGUCAAUGAUAACAAGCCUGUGUUUGCACAAAUCAUUUACAACUUCAAUGUAGCUGAGAACAAUACUGGUUACGCUAAUGUUGGAAAAGUAAGCGCAACAGAUGCAGACACAGGGUUGGCAGCAUCUAUUUCCUACUCAAUUUCAAGCGGAAACAAUGAUGGAAAAUUUGCUAUUGAUCAGUCUACAGGAGACAUUACACUCAUAACUACGCUGAACUAUGAAUCAGUAACAACCUAUACCCUUGUGCUACAUGCAGUCGAUAAACAGGCAACAUUUCAAACAGGAACAGCGACUGUGAGCAUCCAUGUAACAGAUGUCAAUGACAUGGCCCCGUCUUGUCCCUCAUCAUUAUACACAAGCUCAGUUGCAGAGAACACUCCAGCAACCACAUCUGUCCUCACCUUGAGCUGUACAGAUGCCGAUGCUUCUGUUGGUAACACGGUGACCUAUUCCAUAACAUCGGGUGGUGCAAUAUUUACUGUUGACCAAGGUACAGGCAUUCUUUCUACAAACUCACCUCUUGACAUGGAGACUACACAAAGUUACGAUGUUGUUGUACGCGCUACGGAUGGUACCCAUAACACUAAUGUUACUGUCAAAAUCUCUGUAACCAAUAUCAACGAUAAAACACCAGCAUUUUCCCCCACAGGGCCAUACUUUGUUCCCAUCAAUGAAAAUAUUGCAAUAGGGAGCACAAUUUAUGAUCUAAAUGCUACGGAUGCUGAUUUUGGUGAAACAAGCUUUAUAUUUUCUAUAUCUGGAGACACCUCUGGCGGGAAAUUUGUGAUCGGCGCCUCGAGCGGUAUCAUUCAGACGUCUAAAGCCAUUGACAGGGACACGCCUUUGGUUCCUUCCUACAUACUCAAUGUCACCGUAGCCGAUGGAAUCGGUGCUCAUGCAUUGACUGCCACCACUAGUAUUGUCAUCACUAUCAAUGAUGAAAAUGAUAAUUCACCAUCUUGUGAUGCAGCAGUUUAUACGGUUACAGCAUUAGAAUCAGCAUCAAUCGGAACAAAUUUUAUUUCACCAGUUUGUUCGGACAUUGAUGUUGUUGCAUCUCCUACUUUGCUGUUUAGCAUAGCUUCCGGAAAUGAUGAAGAUAAGUUUGUAAUCAAUGGUGGAAAUGGGAAGGUAUCAUUGAAAAACAGUCUGGACUAUGAGACAACCACCAAGUACACUCUCACAGUUCUUGUCAGUGACCAGGGAGCACCGGCCCCUCAUGUACAAACCUUGACAAUGGUCAUAUAUGUUGAUCCAGUCAACGAGUCACCUCCUGUGUUUCAAGGGGAACCAUACAGUGCAACUGUUGAUGAGGAUGAAAAUAGCGGAUACCUUGUAGUCAUAAUAAGUGCUAAUGAUGAUGAUAAGGGUUCUAACCAUGGUGGCGUACAAUAUGCCAUAAAAAGUGGAAAUGAUGAUGGAAGAUUUUCAAUCAACCCAAGAUUUGGUCAAAUUAUUGUUGCAGGGCCACUGGAUAGGGAAGCAAAAUCAGCCUACGCUCUCACUGUUACUGCUGCAGACAUGCAUGAAGGUGAUGCAGCAGCUAAAACCGCGGAGACAACAUUCACCUUGACCAUCAACGAUGUCAAUGAUAACUACCCGGAGAUCAAUCCGUCUUCCUACACAGGAGUAGUAGAUGAGAAUGCAAACAUUGGCGCAAGCAUUAUUAAAAUCAUCACUUCAGACGAUGAUGAUGGUCAAGCUGGAUCUAACGGACUCCAGUAUUCUAUCACUGGUACUGGGAAUACAAAUAAUGCUUUCAGCAUGUCGGGUGCAUGGGUCACAUUGGCUGGCACAGUUGAUGCAAGUACCAAGUCCCUGUACAUGAUGACAGUGAAAGUCUCCGACCAGGGUUCGCCAGUUAGGUCUGCAUUGACGCGGGUAACCAUUCAAGUAGUCUCCGUGAAUGAGCAUCCACCAGUGUUUACCACAGCAACGGAAGUUACAAUUUCAGAAUCCAUCCCCGUUGGUAGUAGUAUUGAUAGGCUGGCCGCAUCCGAUGGUGACACUGGAGUGUACGGGGUAUUGAGAUACUAUCUUCAAUCAGCUAUUAUGGGAAAUGCCAACGACUUUACGGUAGAUUUGUUUGAUGGAACAAUAAGGGUUGCAAAUGCUUUAGAUUAUGAUUCAGGUCCAAAAAUAUACAAGCUAGAAAUCAAAGUUGAAGACACCUCAGUUUCAAGUAGCCAAACAAAAUCUAGUAGCAUAACAUACACUAUUAACUUGGCAGACGAAAAUGAUCAGACUCCACAGUUUUCACAGAAUACUUACACAGUAAAUGUUAAUGAAAAUUUAGUAAAUCCUAGCCUUAUUGGACUGUUUGUGUUUGCGUCUGACACCGACUCUGGCGUUAAUGGUGAAAUCAUGUACACUAUUGUUGCUGGAAGUGGAAAAGAUGUAUUUUCUAUUGAUUCAACAAAUGGAGCCAUUUCUACAAAAAGUGAAAUAGAUUACGAGACCCAGACAUCAUAUGAUAUUAUUAUAGAAGCUAAAGAUUCGGGUGUAACAAAAAAGUUGUCCUCUACAUGCAUAGUGAGAAUACAAGUCACAGAUUUGAAUGACAACACCCCCAAAUUCCAAGCCGGCAAUGUUUCCAUAGCAAUACCUGAGGAUACUUCAGUGGGAACAACUAUUGCAAACCCGGGAGCUACAGACAAGGAUUCUGUUGCCAAUAAUAACAAUGUCAUCACUUAUGCCUUUUCUGCAACAUCUGACAAAUUCUCAAUAGACCCCAGUACUGGUGUCAUCACAGUCACAAAUGCGUUGGACAGAGAGACAGUACCAAGCUAUAUACUUAUCAUACAUGCCAAGGAUAGUGGCACUAACCCACAGCGGAACACUGGCACUGCUACUUAUACAGUGAUUCUAACUGAUGUGAACGACAAAUAUCCCAUUGUAAAUCAGACUUUGCCUUUGAAGGCAACAAUCCCAGAAGAUACUUCACUGAACUUUAUUGUUUUCAACGUGUCCGCCACUGACUUGGACAGGGCGGAAAAUGCCUUGCUGACUUAUAGAAUCACCAAUGGUAACAUGGGUGACCAUUUUAGAAUCGAACCUGGAUUGGGAAUCAUACAAGUGAAUCAUGCUUUAGAUAGGGAGACACAAGACAUGUAUGAACUUGAAAUUACAAUCACUGACAGUGGGGCAGUACCUCUUAGUGUAAUCACAACAGCCACUGUAACCCUUAGCGAUGUUAAUGAUAAUCCGCCAGUGUUCCAGCCAGCGCCUAUUACGACUUACCGCUUCAGUGUAUCGGAAAACGUACCUAGGGGGUCCUAUGUCAAUAAUGUGUCAGCUACAGAUGCGGACAUUAACGCUAAUGGUCAGAUACAGUACACCAUAGCAUAUCAUGUGACAGGAGAAGCCAGCCAUUUUAGUCUGGAUGUUGGAACUGGUGUCAUUAAAACGGCACAUGAGUUGGACCGCGAAGUCCGGGACUUGUAUGUAUUUGUAGUACGAGCAACAGAUAGCGGCACUAAUAGACUUUCCUCUACAGUUACUGUUUCUGUAACAAUAUCUGACUUCAAUGAUAAUCUACCUACAUUUAAUAAAGCUCUAUACACGGCAAAUGUCCUAGAAAAUGACCCUGUUGGAACUAGUAUUCUAACAAUGGUGUUGCAAGACGAGGACAUUGAUAUCAAUGCUGAUCUGACACUCACCAUUGCGGACGCCAUUGCUGAUCAAUACAUAGCAGCAAACUCUUUGACAUUUGUGCUGUCCGUGAAACAGCCAAUAGACAGAGAAACCAUCAACCUGUUCAACUUCACAUUGACAGUUACAGACCGUGGUACCCCGCCCCUGUCGUUUCAAACGCGGGUGGUGAUUACGGUCAAUGACGUAAAUGAUAACCCACCAGUUUUCUCGCCUAUAUUCUACAACAGUGAGAUUCCCCAUACUGACGAGUGCCAGGUCACCGUGGCCGUCCUAACAGCAUCGGAUAAAGAUAGCGGAGUGCACGCAGGCUUCACUUAUGCAAUGAACAGCUAUCCACAGAUCUUCUCGCUGAAUUCUGUUACAGGUGUAGUAACAAAGACCUCCACUGCAACUGCCAACUUUGCCUACAAACUGUACGUGGAAGCCACUGAUCAGGGCCUGCCACCUCAGACUACCGUGAACAAGGCAACCGUCCGAGUGGACACGUACGACCCGGCCUCAGUCAUCCUAGCCUACUACAUGGAUAUCAGCGAGACCGUGUACCGCGGGAUGGAGUUAACAUUCCUUAGUCAGUUGACCACCCUGUACCGUGUGACGUAUCCGACCUCACAGGCCAAGAGGUGGUGUAUAAAGGACCAGCCCACCAGUUCCAGUGGCAUCGUAGUACAUGUUUACGUUGUCAAGGACAACACUUCUGACGAGCUCUCAGAGAUCAACAAUCCCAAGGUGUUCCUUACUGCUGAUCAGGCCUUCAAAGUGACAGCCGCAGACGAAAGUGGGACCCCGUCUGAUUCUAUCAAAGGGGUGGGCUGGGCUGCGUUUUCCAUAGUGCAGGUGAAGAAAUACGUGGAGCCUGAGGUGGAAACCACUUCCUGGAUCAGCACCACGGCAGGAAUAGUGACCGUCUCUGUGAUUGUGGUCGUCAUAGUUGCAGUUGCUGUGGCGAUUGUGGUGUACGUCUGCUACAGAAUCAGACACCCCUCUGUAAAUCAGGUGAAUGACUCCCAGGAAGGGGAUGACAGCAUGCCUGCCAAGAACCAGUUUGAUAACAAGAACAACACACUGCAAACUCAGAAUAACCGCAGUGUGUUCUCCUAUGACAAGAGUCACCCUCCACCAGCUGUCGUGUCUCUACCAACCCCAGCCUCUACAAAAAGAGUUCCGCAACAAAUACAGAAUAGGUCUGAAGCAGAGAGACCAAUGAAAGACAUAAAUCUGCAAAAGGAAAUCAAUGGUGGCCCGAUGCUAGUCAAACAGCCGGAGAAGCUACGAGCUGACAUCCCUGACCAGAUGGAACCCUUUGAGGCACCCCCUCCCCGCAGACUUCCCCCAAUCUACCAGGCCCCACUGCCCCGCGUCCCACUACCUGACGAGUCCCCCCAGCCUUCCCCCCGUGGAUCCGACAGCCGUGAUGUCAUGGAAACGCCAACGGAUACCAGGAACUACAUGGUUAUCAACAGGGAGUUUGAUGGUCGAGCUAUAGAUCCCGUCUCAGGAAGGCUGUAUGAGUACAACACACGGACAAACGAACGUCGCUGGGUGCACACGCCCGAAGGUCAUGAUGUCAAGCUGACCCGAGAUGAAGAUUAGCGUGCAGUUGUUCAUGUUGGACAUUUUGUAUUAAUCAUGUUUCAUGAGAGUUUAGCACAAAUUUUCAGAAAUUAUGGUGUGAGAUAGAUAAAUCCUGAGGGGUUUUCACUGGUGUUAUUUUUUGUACUUUUUGUAAUGUUUGUAAAAAAUUUACAACAACAAAUACUUUUUAAAAGUUGGGCGCUUUGCCAAAUAUUUAAGUAUGUCCCACUAAAAUCACACAAAAAAUGGACAAUUGUGUUAGACAAAUGUUUUGUUUUGUUAAGAUGUUUUUAAUCCACACAAGUUUUUUCACACUUAAAUAAGGAUAUUCAGUAACAUAAUUAUUCCAAAUCUCUCUUCAUAAUUGCUUUCUUUACAUGUAAAAUUAAAUUUUGCAACUAUGAUAGAAUGUAGCAAUAUUAUCAAAUACAGGUUGUAGAAUACUAAAAAAGUUAAGGAUCUGCACCAAAAAUUAUUAUCAGUCCACCUCCGGUUAGUGAAAACUAAUUAAUUUUACCAGUACUUAAAAAAGAUUGUUAUUUAUGAUAAUGCCAUGGAAAAUUCGACUUCCCAUUUAUUAAUAAUUGCAAGAAAUAUAAAAGUUUGCUUAUUUGUUUUGAACUGACCUGUGUAUUUGUGUCAUGGAAAAUCAAGUAGAUCUUUUGUUUAAAUGUACCAUUUUGCACUUCUUUUGUUUGCCAUUACACUUUCAUGUAUGACAUUCAUUGAUCCAAUAUUAUUUUCCUAACUUAUUUGUGGAAAUAUCAGUGACUCAUAAAUGCCCAUGUAUGUCAUGAAUAAAACGGAAAAUAGUA